AUGUCAACUGCAAGCAACAGUCCAUCUGCGACUGAAAGAAGGGACAAUCUUGGAGUUUCUUCUUCCUCCAAGUCAAAAACGAACACAACUAUCCUCACGUUGGGAGAGUUAGAACCAUCCUCAUGCUCCUCCUCAUCGUCGACUUUGGUUUCUUCCUCCAGUUAUUCUCAACAACAAUUCAUUCAAUUCUCAGCUCAGCCGCCUUCCAAUUCUCAAAUUACCAAUGAAACGAAACGCAAACUUUCCUCAACAUCCUCCGAUAAAGAGGGUCAUAAAAGUAUCUUCUCCAAAUACGGUAGAAAUAAGAAGAAACCAUCCUUUGAUAUUCAUCAUUAUAUGAUCAUCUAUGAGGAAUUAAUGAACUGUCCAGAGGCACGAGAUAAUUUUCAAGAGUUUCUCUCUGAAAGUUAUUCUGAAGAUCCCAUGAUCUUCUUACAAGAAAUAUCUCACUAUCGACAGCAAUAUGAGCUUGCAAGAGAUUUCAUCAUGAAGGAAUAUAAGGCAACUGCUUCAGCAAGUAAGAGUGACAACAGCAUGAAUCAAGCAUGUCCGUCCUCACUCAAUACAAGCAUGUCAAUGAGUUCAAGUAGCUCCUCCUUCGUGUCAUCAUCCUCAUCUGGGGUAGAUUCUCCAUUCCCUUAUGGACCAACAGCUGUGAAUGAUGCUACAGUAGAACCUGAGAGUGUUACUCUGAUUGAAAGCGAAGAAAUGAUUGAAGAAUGUUUCUCGUAUCUCUUCAUUUUGUAUCAAAUGUUGGGACACAUCAUUGAAACGUACAUGAAUCCAGAAGGUGCAAAGGGUUUGAAUUUGACACGGACUCAAACUUCUGGCUUGUAUGAGCAAUAUGAAAUAAUUUCGAAUAUCAUGAAAAAAGCAAGCAAUCUAAAGCGAAGAAAAUCUUCCAAGUCUCCUGUCAAUGACAUUCUAGAGUUUGUGGCCACCACAAGAGGUGAAAACUUGGCUCGUAGACCUUCAUUCGAUGUGCCAUUAGGUUUUUGCCCUCUCCAAGUGCUCAACUUGUUUGAACCAAAUUCACUGUUCAAGACAGUUGAAUUUGCCGUCAAUUUAGAUCUCAAGACGGACCAGUUCAGUCGAUAUAGUCGAUCACAAAAGAUGGCCAAGUUCCUCUUGAAAAAAGGCGAGGAAUUCACGAGAUCGAUUGCUGUGAAUAUUUCUGGAGGUUUUGUUCUGGACAUUCGAUACAAACUUAAAGAUUUUUCUUCAAAACUUCUAACGGAUCGUGACAUUUUCUUUGCAUUUUCAUUGAUGGAGGAUACACCAGAUUGGGAGUUGUUGACCUACACGGAAAAACCAAAUAUUUGUCAGUCUUUCAUAUCCAAAACGUCUUACAUGAUUGGAAAAUCAGAUAGUUCAAAGGGAAUGAGAAUUUACAAAAUAAUCCUUCAUUUGGAUUAUCCAGUUGAAGAUGUGUGGGCCGCAUUUUGCGACAUUGAUGUUCGAUCGAGACUCGAUAAGAACCUUAAAUCUAUAGAACCCACUGGGUUUCAAUCUCCUUCAAAAAUUGGUGCAGAGAAAGCGGCCAAGAUAAGCUACGAGUCUGCAAAUAGAGAUACAGAAGAGAAGAUAUUUUCUCUCGAACAUCCUCCCUUGGCAUUGCAGUUUUGUAAAUGUAUGAUUGAUUUGAAAUUACCUUUCUUUAAAACUAGGUUCUUUCAGGGAACUCAAACCUCGUUUUACGAUCCGGGUAUUGAAAGUUAUGUGAGUAUUGGACAUACUGCUGACAAUGGAGAAGUGCCAAACUCAUGUGUGCUGAAUAAGUGUCUCUAUACCUUUGUAUUCCAGCGAGUAGGUGAAAAAUCGACUCGUUUAAUUCACACUGUAUACACCGACUUGGAAUUGCGAUUCAAUCCAAUUUUGUUGACCAAGAAAGUGUUCAAACAACGAACUGCAAUCCUUCAAAAUGGAUAUGAAACAUUGCUCAAAGAGUUGACACAGAACGGUACAAAAAGUGUCAUUUCCACCAAUGGUCUUAGAGAUGUGCUCUUCUACAACAGAGCCGUUCAAGAGAAUGCUGCCAUGUACCCCAAUCGUUCAUGGUUCAAGGAAUAUGAAAGCAGAAAGCACGUUAAUAAAAGAUAA